AUGGAUGAACCAAAGGCCGAAGCUGAGAAGAUGAAGAAAAUCCCUGCAAAACCAAAGCAUGUGGAUGUAAUUGAUAUAUUAAGUUCUGAAGAAGAGAGCAGUAAAGAAAAGUCUGUGCCUAACAAAAAAGGAAGAGAGGUUAAUUCCAGGAAGAAAUCAUCACGCACUCUUACUUCUGUUCUAACAGCUAUAAGCCAGGUUGCAUGUGAUUUAACUAACAAACCUAAGGAGAUUGUUGAUACUAAUGCUGCUAAUGCUAACAAUGAACUUGCUGUUGUUGAGUAUCUUGAUGACAUUUACAAGUUCUACAAGUUAGUUGAGAAUGAGAGUCGUCUUCAUGAUUACAUGGACUCACAACCAGAGAUUCAGGUUCAACAAGAUGUGUUGGCACCUUCGAACAACAUUCCCGCUCUGAACGCAAAUACGCUAUUGAGAAUUUGGACAAGACAAUUGAUUCCAAGGCUUCGUAUGACACUUGUUCUACUGUUGGACACAUUCUGUUUUGCAAAAUGGCCACCGUUGGUUCAGGCCGAACUCUCGCCUACACAACCCGUAGAUUUUCCUAUUGAAUCUUGGUGGGGAGUUUGUCUGGUGAACUUUACUUUGGAAGAAUUUGAGAAACUCUCUGAAGAGGAAAUUGCCACUAUAGACAAAAUAUUGUAUCCUGAGGAUCGGUUCAAAGUUCCAAGGCUUGAAGGUUUUGUGUCCAACAGGGAGCAAUCUUAUGAAGAUCCUAUUGAAAAUGAAGUUGUGGUUGCGGAGGUUUUGCGGAGGUGUGGCGAGUCUGUCAAACUUCUUGAUGUGUCUAGUGAGCUUCCACAACUAAUUCGUAGGCCAGGUCUCAAAAAAUGGGAAAGUAUAUUUGAGCUUAUUGAAGCUUUUGUCGACAAGCCUCCUCCUGUGUUCGUUGCUUGCACUAGAAGGUUUGUCGGGUAA